AUAUAAACAACCUGAUUCUAUUGCCGUCAUCGCAUCUACAUUUUCAAACCAGUUCCACGACUCGAGAGCCUGAGCUUGUCAAACGCCACUGUUCCGAUACAAAACUGAGUUGUAUCGAAAUGCGAGCAAUAUUCUCAAUUCAAGUUUAAGUGACGCCGCAGCUUUUAUAUUCCGCAAGUUUUGUGCCGAUGUCGCGACGGUCUCGAGGAAGCAACACAUGGGAGGUGCGUGCAUCGACGUUGGCUCGCAAUACCCAUAACCUGAUAAGGGACAUCGUCGAGAACCUUCAGGUAGAGCCGAACCCUGAGAAGCAGCUCAUAGCCCUUUCAGUCGGUGAUCCGACAACUUUUGGAAAUCUUAACCCUCCCGAGCAAGUACUGCAAGCUGUUCGGGAGAGUAAUGAAUGGCUUAGCAGUCGCAGUUAUGGCCCUGCAAAGGGACACAUCGAAGCCAGGGUGGCCGUAGCGCAGUACAGUGCCCACCAGGGAGACAUUUCACCCGAAGACGUCGUCCUGUGCAGUGGGUGCUCACAUGCAAUAGAACUUGCUAUCACAGUGAUCGCCGACUCAGGACAAAAUGUAUUGGUUCCCCGUCCUGGCUUCAUGAUAUACAAGACUGUCGCUGAAGGAUUAGGCAUUAAUAUCAAACAUUAUGACUUAUUGCCAGAUCAACAAUGGAAGAUAGAUCUCGAGGAUCUAGAGAACCAGAUAGACGACGACACUGCCGCUAUCGUCGUAAUAAAUCCUUCGAAUCCUUGCGGUUCAGUAUAUGACAAGGGGCAUCUAUACGAAAUACUUGAUAUAGCAUCGAGGAACCACGUGCCCAUCAUCGCUGAUGAAAUAUAUGAACAUUUUGUGUUCUCAAAUCAUGAAUUCACUGCACUAUCAGCUUUAUCGGUAGACGUUCCGAUACUAACAUGUGGUGGCCUUACGAAAAGGUUUUUGGUACCUGGCUGGCGCAUGGGAUGGGUCAUUAUCCACGACAGACACAAUAUAUUCGGAAAAGAAGUUCGUCAAGGUUUGUCAAAUUUGGCGACUAGAAUUUUAGGGCCAAACACAUUAAUACAGAGGGCAUUACCAGCGAUCCUUACAUGCACACCACAGAGCUUUUUCGACGAAGUUGUGUUAUUUAUAGAGAACCAGGCGAAACUGGCCUUUGAUGAACUACGAUGUGCUCCUGGUUUGCGUCCUAUAAUGCCACAGGGUGCAAUGUAUAUGAUGAUUGAGAUCAAGCUGUCACUGUUUCCAAACUUCAAGAAUGAACUACAAUUUGUUGAACGCCUGGUAGCCGAGCAGUCGGUGUUUUGCUUACCUGGACAGUGUUUUGCCUAUCCAAACUUUAUGAGGAUUGUGUUGACUGUGCCUGAAGAUAUACUGCGAGAGGCUUGCAAGAGAAUGAUACUCUUCUGCAAAGACCACAUCGUAUCGAGGGAGACCAUCAAGGAAAUUGAGAGUGAUAUAGUAACUGUACCAAAUGACAAUGAAGUCAUCUGUGACAACGGUACUGCACACGUUGCUUAGAAUAAUGUGUUUUGCUUAUAAUAGUUAAUAAUUGCCAUUUAUUAUAAAAUAAAUGGUCCCUAUGUGCCUACGAAGAUAGUUUUAUAAAACUGCAUGUCGUAGUUAUGUUACAUCAAAAUGCUAAUUAGAAGUGGGGUUAACUUUCCAAAGAAUAGUGUUUGAUGGUAUUGGAACUAAAAUUAGGAUGUAGAGUUCAUAAUUUUGAAUAUUUACCGUAGUUAUUCCAAAACUGCAACAAAAACACUGGUUCAGCUUUUGUUGUAAUGAAAAAAACUAAUGUAUAUGAACAGUGCCAUAUUUUUUAUUGUUAAUCACUGUAGGAUUUACAUUCCAAAUUAUCAUGUUUGUAGUUUGUUUACUGUUGUCUCUUUCCUACAAUAUGAUAAACUGGUAAUGGUGUUAUGUGAUGUCAGUGAUUGCAUAUGCAUAACGCACUCACCCAGUGCAUGGGAAUCACGCCACGUCAAAUGGUGAAACGUAAAACCUACGGUAUUUUCCGCCAACAUAAAUAAACAUGCGUAAAAUAAUUAACAAUUUAAUGAAUUCUGCAGAUUACUUGGAAACUGGUGUAAUAUAACUAAUAUGUGCAUAAUUUUACAAGUUGUAACUAAGUAGAGAUGAAUUUGUGGUUACCCUUUUGUUUAUGUAAAUAAAAAUAUUAUAAAAUA